AUGGCCGACAGACCAACCGCCGUCAGCGGCGCUGGUGGCGGCGUUGCAGUAGCCCCCGCCUCCGACCCAAGCGCCGUCGACGUCACCAAAUCUUCUGGCGUUGCGGCCGCUUCAACUUCCGCUUCCUCCUUGACUUCGCUGCCACCACCAGGACAGACUCUGACGGGAAAGCAGGAACACUACUUGAAACGAGAGCUCCUGGGCGAACAGGCAAAAUGGGAAAUCUUCGAACUCAACUCGCCGACUGCUCUCCGACGAUUCGGCGCCCCCUUCCGGUCCGACGUGGGCGAGGUUUCCCCGCUCGACUCUAGCCUCCCCAUCCUUCGCUACAUCUUCGUUCACCAUGUCCGCGAGUUCCCAUUUCUCGACAAGGCGAAGGAGAAGGAAUUCUGGCAGGACAAGCUGCAAGUGUUCCUCGAGUCUUUUGCUACGAAAAACAUCUCCUCGUCCGAAGACCGGCUCGAAGAAACCAAGCGCCGAAAGCUAGCUACGAAGGCACAGAAGCUUGUGGAGCUCAUGAUGGUCUCCGGCGUCCGCACCUCGUCUGGCUUUGAAGAGCGGAUUCGAUUCUCCGAACUCGAAAUUGUGGACCGUGACGCGAUCGAUACUGGUGUCUUGGGAUCCAUUCCCCAGGGCAACUUUGUCAACGGCUGGGAUGUCAACGUGGCAGGUGUUCGCGUAAUAUCGGUCAAGCGCAACAUUCGCUAUCACAAGCAUGCCGAAUUCAUUCUUCGGGUCCAAAGAAAGGGCGAGCUUGAGCACUUUGUUGGCCGUCGCUAUGGCGAUUUUGGACGCCUUUACAAGGCUCUCCGUGCAGAACUGCCCGGGCGGGUCCUGCCACCCCUUCCGCGGAAGAACAAGACAAGCUCAACGGCUUCUAACAUUAUUGGUGGUCUCAGAGGCUCCAACGACUCGGAUGUUGACUCCAUCUCCUCGGCCUCGACAAUGACCAGCCCAACAGGGCUCGGCCCUGGUGGUGUUGGAGAGUCACUAAAGAAUCUCACAGUUCGAGAGCACCGUAGAAAUGGAUCUGGGAGAGUAUCACCACGCCAGUCUCUCGACAACACUACGCCGCCUAGCCCUACAGUUGCUACUGGCCAGGAAUCGAAGGCACCAGAGAGCGUGGUUUUAUGGCGGGAGAACCAGCGCAUCUCGCUGCGUGCUUUCCUUCGUACACUACUUCAUAACCCUCAGAUUGCCCGGACAAAGGCCAUUCAGGAUUUCCUCACCCGGGAUCCGAUCACCCCACGAGACGAAGACGUCGACGACAUUGUGCGCAGAGUCGAGGUCGACAAGAAGCGCGUGGAGGAGCAGAAAAAAUUCUACGAGAUUGCUCGCAAGCGAGCUGCUGAUCUCGACGUGUACAUGGAACAGUUCCGUCAAGACAUUGUUGAGCGCAAUGGCUUGACCAUGCUGUUCAAAGAGAUCAAGGAGAAGAAGACCAUCGGAGACCUGAGUAUCCAGUACCAAAAGUUUGCCGAGUGGCUCCGGAUCGAAGUUGCCGCUACGAUUUACCAUCUUUUCCUCGCCGAAGAUAACUCACCCGAGCUCUUUUCUCAGGCGAAACGCAUCCAUUCUCUGAUUCCGUACACAAUUAUCAAGAACGUCAUCCGGGUAGCGAAUCCUGCUGCUGUCAUGUCUGGUGUCCUCGACAUUUUUCUGGCACAGCCCUUCGGCACGCGGUCUCUUAUGCAGCGCAUCUUCUCCCUGACAUUGAACGAUGGCAUCCGCAACUUCCAAAAAUCUAUCGACUCUUUGGCUGUCAAGAUCGACGACCCCGUGUUUGUCAGCAAGCUUAAGGCCUACUCGGAUGCCGACCAAGCAAUCAAGGAUAUCAUCCGGGACGAAGCGACCAACGACGACGUCGAUAUUUUGGUUGGUAUUCUGCGCUCCGAGCUGAUCGAACCACCACUCAUGCCCGAGCAAAUUGGACGCCUCUACAAUGCGUACGUGGCGUUCAAUUCGGCUGUCGAGAAUGUUGAUGAAGAACUGAAGCAAGGUGCCGAACUCUUCUCCUACCUCAAGCAGCUCAUGAAGCUCUACACGCGCCAGCGUGACAAGGCAAUGAUGUUGAAUCUCAUUGAAGAGCCCGUCACCCUCUCGCUGUUCCGCGACCUGUUCACCAUCUUUUACGAACCCCUCGUUCGCGUCUACAAGUCGGCCAAUGUAUACAGCAGUGUCACCGAUUUCUCCGUCUUUAUGGACGAUAUGAUGCAGGUUGUUGAGAAGUGCAGAGAGCAGGAUGCCUCUGCCGAUCCUAACCAGACUGUGCAGGCGUUUAUCGACUUGUGCCAGCGGCACGAACACAACUUUUACAAGUUUGUUCACGAGGUUCACACACACGACAACGGCUUGUUUACGCAGCUGAUGGGCUGGAUCGAGGGCAUCCUGGAGUUCUUGCGCAAGGGCCCCAAGAACGGCACCCUGGACGUCAACGCGCUCUUUGAAGGCUCUGUCAGCAUGGGGCAAAUUGACAAAGACAAGGCCAUUGCGGAGGUAAACAGUCUCAUUGCGUGGCAGGAAGCGCGCAAGAAGUGGCAUCAGGACAAGACGCGGCAGAAAAUGGCCGCCGAGGGCGGCGGCAGCGACGGUCUGGGCGAGGAUGGCCUGUCUGGUCCCGUCGGUUUCAGCGCCGGCGACUUUGGUCUGAACGCGGCUGACCUCCAGGAGAUGUCCUACGACGAGUUUGAUGAUUCCGAGGACGAGGCGACGCUAGAAGAUGAGGACGAUCUCGAUCCGAUUGAGGCCGAACGGCGCCGCAGAACGAAACGGCAGGACCGCCUCCGGCGGAGCGCGGGCGAACCGACGAAGCCGGUCGUGAGUGAGAUCUACAAGCUCAACGAUAACUUUUUGGCCAUGCUUCGCAACGUGUUGGCAGAGUAG